AUGCGGCACGGCGCGCGGUCGUCGGGCACCUUCUCGGCGUCAUGGAACGUGUGGAUCAUGGUCAUUAUUGCCGUCAUCCUCGUCUUCUUCGGCGCCUGGGCCAUCUUCUCCCCCACUAAUAGCGCCGCCGUGGAGGCAUUGGCAGAGGAGGAGGUGGAGGACGUGGUGGGUGAGUCGGAGCAGCGGCUGGAAGCUGACGUGAAAGUGGCAGCGGCGAUUCAGAGGGCGAAGAACCAAGCCAAGGCCAAGGACGUGGCAGUAGAGGCAGAGGCGAGCAGCGGGCUAGCAGAAGAGACGGGCGCUGAAGCCGCAGGGGAGGAGGACGAACAGGGGGUUGAAGUGGCGGGAGGCGAGGAGGGGGGGAGUGAGGAGGGGGGAGGUGAGGAGAGGGGGAGUGAGGAGGGGGGAGGUGAUGAGGGGGGCGAGAAGGAAGCGAUGAAGGGAGAGGGGGAGGAGGAGGAGGAGGGAGGCGGGAAAGAGGAGGGCAUUGUUGCUGGGGGGAAAGGAGGAAAGGGAGGAAGGGGAGGGGAUGGAGGGAAGGAGAGCGCUGAAGAGGCGAGUGAGGAGGAAGAGGAGGAGGGAGGUGGUGGAGGAGGAGGGAAGAAGGGAGGUGCGAGGGAGGAGGAAGCGGAGUCAGAAGGCGAAGAAGAAGGAGAGGAAGGGGGGAAUGUGGCUUCGAGGAGCAAGGGUGGAAAGGGAGAGGAGGCAGCAAGCGAGGAGGAAGAAGGAGGGAAGGGGGGGAAGGGUGUGCAGGGGAAGAAGGGAGGAGAGGGAGAGGAGGCUGAGGCAGUAGGCGAGGAGGGAGCGGAGGAGGGGGGAGAGGGCGAAGGGGGGAAGGCUGCUGGAAACUCCAAGCUUCUCCUCCAACCUCUCUGUCUACCUUUUUCCAACCUCUCCUCUCUCGUAUCCCAACCUUCCCACCCCCCUUCCCUCCCUCCUGUUCCUCUCCCCCCCUUGCUUCAGUUCUUCUCUGCUGAUCUCGCAGCGGUGGAAGCAGCGUGGGAUUCGGAGGACGCAGCAGCAGCAGACCCCAACGUGCCAGCAGCAGACCUGCGCACAGAGAGCACGAGCUCAGAGGCAGGCACGGUGGAAGCAGCGUGGGAUUCAGAGGAUGCAGCAGCAGCGGACCCCAACGUGCCCGCAGCAGACCUGCGCACGGAGAGCACGAGCUCAGAGGCAGGCAGUGGGCUCGAGACACAGGCGCGGGAGUCGGAGGAGGAAGCAAAACUGGACAUUCGGGAGGCUGCCACAAAGAAACAGGACAGCAAGCAGACGGAGGUAGGGGGCUUUGGUUUGUGUGGCUAG